GUCCAGUUCACGCCCUGGUAAGGAUUCGUCUUGGAGAGGCCGCCUUGGACUCGAAGGUUGCUGAGUCCCCGAGGGGUCUCUGUUCUCACCGACCACUCCUUGUGGUUUCCAGACCGAGCUGGAGCCCACUACCCUUUUUGCUCCGGGCUGUGGUCCUUUUUCCUACCAUCUCUUCCUCUUCGGGAGAAGAGGCCUGCGUUCCGAGAAUCUGACACCUUCCCUACCACCGAGAUGGAUUCAGAGGCUUGUUACCUCCUGGGGUUGUUUACCAGAAACGUAACUAAGACUAGGGGAAGAAGCCAUGCCUACUUGGGGGGCUGGCUCCCCGACCCCCGACCGCUUUACGGUGUCUGCGGAAGCGGAGGACAAGGUCCGGGCACAGCAGACCCGACUGGAGCGCAUUUUCAGCGUGGGGGUGAGCGUCCUCCCCAAGGACUGCCCGGAGAACCCCCACAUCUGGCUGCAGCUGGAGGGUUCCAAGGAGAACGUCAGUAGAGCCAAGGAGUACCUGAAGGGUCUCUGCAGCCCGGAACUGCAGAGUGAAAUCCACUACCCACCCAGACUGCAUUGCAUCUUCCUGGGAGCCCAGGGCUUCUUCCUUGACUGCCUGGCUUGGAGCACAUCAGCCCACCUGGUUCCUGGGGCACCUGGCUCGCUGAUGAUCAGUGGGCUAACAGAGGCCUUUGUCAUGGCUCAGAGUCGUGUGGAGGAUCUGGUGGCACAGCUGAGCUGGGACUUUCGGCCAGGGUCCUACUCCAUGACUUCUCAGAGUGCUGGAGUGCUGAGGGAUUUCUCUUCCCUGCUGCAACCCUGGGAGGAUGCCCACACAGAGGCCCUGCUGCAGCUGCCCUUGGCUGUCCAGGAGAAGCUACUGAGUCUGGUGCAGGAGGCAUCCAGGGGGCACGGGCCAUUGGCACCCUCCUCAUGGGGGCAGAGGAGCCCAGGCUUGUUGGGGGCUCUGCACCAGGAAGCCAGACCACCCCUGAGUGAAGGCGGGGAAUCUCUGGAUGCUGGAUCUGGAGGGCAGGGAGAAUUAAGGGGGGCAAGUGGAGUGAGUCACAUGGUGGAGAAGAAUAGAGGGAGACAGGAUGGUCCCAGGGAGGUGGAUCAGGAAUGGAAGGAGCUGCUUGGGGAAGAGGUGUGGGAGAAAGAAGUGACUUUCAGGUCACAGCCGGCAGGUGGAGGGACAGGGGAGAUGGGCUGCCUGAAAGGAAUAGCCCUGGGGAGGGAGGGUGUGUCUCAGGAAAGAGGAGGAUCCAGCGUCCAGGGUGAGUCUCCCGGUGCUCAGGGCCCUUCUCAAAGGGCGUCUCAAUCCCGGGGAGCCUCCCUCCUCCAGCGGCUCCAUAACGGGGAAGCCUCACCUCUGAGAGUGCCUAGCCCUCCACCUGCACCUGAGCCCCCAUGGCCCUGUGGAGAGCGGGGAGAUUUAGGAGACAGGGGAGACAAGCAGCAGGCUCGAGGUCGAGGGUCUCCAUGGAAACGAGGCACCCGUGGAGGCAACUUGGUGACUGGCACUCAGCGUUUUCAAGAGGCCCUACAGGAUCCUUUUACCCUGUGUCUUGCCAAUGUGCCUGGCCAGCCGGACCUCCGCCAUAUUGUCAUUGACGGCAGCAAUGUGGCCAUGGUGCACGGCCUCCAGCACUACUUCUCCAGCCGGGGCAUUGCCAUUGCCGUGCAAUACUUCUGGGACCGCGGCCAUCGUGACAUCACUGUCUUUGUGCCUCAGUGGCGCUUCAGUAAGGAUGGCAAGGUCAGAGAGAUUCAUUUCUUGCAAAAGCUAUACUCACUCAGCCUGCUCUCUCUCACCCCGUCUCGAGUCAUGGAUGGCAAGAGGAUCUCCUCCUAUGAUGACAGGUUCAUGUUGAAGUUGGCUGAAGAGACCAGUGGGAUCAUUGUCUCCAAUGACCAGUUCCGGGACCUGGCGGAGGAGUCUGACCAGUGGAUGGCAAUCAUCAGAGAGCGCCUGCUGCCCUUCACUUUUGUGGGAAACCUCUUUAUGGUCCCUGAUGACCCACUGGGUCGAAAUGGGCCCACCCUGGAUGAGUUCCUGAAGAAGCCAGCCAGGAAACAGGUGUCUUCUAAGGCUCAGCAUCCUUCCAGGGGCUUUUCAGGACAUGGUAAUCAGCAGCAGGGGAGGGAAGAGGAAAAAGGCAGCAAUGGCAUUCGGAAGACCCGGGAGACCGAGAGGCUCCGGCGCCAGCUGUUGGAGGUGUUUGGGGGUCAGGAUCACAAGGUGGACUUCAUCCUGCAGCGGGAACCCUACUGCCGGGACAUUAACCAACUGUCUGAGGCCCUACUGAGCCUCAACUUUUGAGCCUUCCCUGCCUGUGUGAUUGCUGCCCUGUUAGCUCCAGGCUCCCCAGCCCAUCCCCUUCUGUGACAGUCCCUGUGCUGCUCAGGCUCUGGCCCAGAGUCACUCUGAGUUCGUUUUUUGGGCCAGGGAUGGACCGGGAAGAGCAUUCCAGUACAGGGAAAGCUUUUGUCCGGGAAUUUUGGGGACAGGUUCAUAAAGUGACCAAAUAACAAAUCAGAACUCCAUCUAGCUCUCAAGAGGUUCUGCUCAUCCUUAACUUCCUAAUGUUGCUUUAACACAGGAUUUCUAUAGGAAGGGGGCUGCCAGAAAGGGUAAGUCAUGGAGACGGACCAUUGGCUGACUUGGGGUCCAUGCUAGGGUAACCCAAGGCUGGCAGAAAUUCUAAGCCUUUCUCCCCCUGGCUGCUGCUCUGGAUGACCAGAGGACUGUCAGAAGUCAUGGGAGUGUCAGAAGGAAUCCUGAGCCCUUGAGGGGCUAUAGUGUUAGGUAGGCUGGGUUGCACUGAGGAAGAAGACAGAAGGUGACUGGCUUCUGGUCUCAGCUGUGCCUGUCUGGCUUUGAUUGAGCUGGUUGGCCUUUACUUGUGCCUAGAAAUUCAGAAUAAAAGUGCCUGUUGGGAGAAAUGAGACUGUAGAGGAAAGCUUGGAGGAAAGGUGCUUGGACCAAGUCUCAGGUGUGUCUGCCUGUGCCUGCACAGGCUCCCUAACCAAAACUUUGCUCUCAGAGAUGUGGGUCAUUCAUGUUCAGGUUCUAGGCCCUAGAUUUUAGCACUGUGUCCUCAGAAUAACAUGCCAAAUAAUGGCUGUGUCCCUGCUGGGCAACCUUCAGAACCCACAUUUAUAAAACAGAGUUAAGUUAGGGGUGAAUGCAUUAUCAAAAAUACUCUCAGGGUUCCUAUAAAUGGCAGCUCCCCUGGUGUAUCAAGUAUUUGUUUACAGAUUAACAAAUAUGUCAGGAAGUCCCUGGCUCGGGCCUCUUGCUGCAGCACUGGGAACAUUCACCAAAUCCAUGAAGCCACGCUCUGCAAUGAUGUUAAUGUGAUACAAGCUAACAUUUUCUUUACAAAGACAUAGGCUGUUUGAGGCACUUCUACUUUGCGUGUGUCUGCGCGCGUGCGCAUGCAUGGUUGUGCAUAUAUGUGUAUGGAGAUGGGCUACAGAGGCUUUAUCUGGAUGAACCAGUUAUCUGGAAAAUGAAAACUGAAGAAUCAGCAUUGGAAGGUACCUGACUGGCUACCAGACUAACUCCACUAACACACAUGACAUCCUAUCUCCAUCCUGAUUUCUGUAGGCCUUUGCCUUGUGUCUGCAUGAAUUCCUUCUGUGCUGGGGAAUUUACCAUCUGAAAGGUAGCACAUUCCUUACAGGAACAGUGCUCAUUGGUAGUCCUUCCUCUAGUGUAGCCUAAAUUAUGCUUUUCUGUAACCUUUGAGGUUGGUCCUCAUUCCCCCAGGAACAGUCAACUUCCUGGAGUCCUUGACAAAGGUAAGAGGUAGGAUGGGCCCCUGGGCUUUGUUCUUUUUGGGCCCUGCAGCAUAUCCCUGCUUUAGAUACUUUUUAGGCUCUGACUUCUUCCUUGAGUGGCAGGGAAUUAGGCAUGAGGAGCUGAAUAAUGAGGGAGGGUCCCCAGGUUCCAUUGUCUUUGCCCUUCGGCAGGCUGGUGCAGGUGCUUUAUAUCGCUAGUCAGUAUUGACCUAGGCUGGAGGCAUGCAUGGUGGUGACCCGCCUGGUCAGGGAGUGACAGUGACUCAACCCAUAGUACCCUGGGAAGAAAGGGGUUUGGAUAAUAUGGUCCAAAUUGUGGGCUGAUGAACCACUUCUGGUUAAACUAUAGCAGACAUCUCAACUUUAGAU